CUCAGAGAGAAGUUCUGCUCCUUGUCCUUUUCCUAACAAGACUUUCCUAGAUCCUCCCCAAAGCCAAGAUGAGAGUCUUCUUCAGCCUGAUUGUUCUUUGUUUCAUGCUGGCUACAUGUCAAGGGGCAUGCUUUAUGGUUAUGUUUGAACCCCAGCUUAUAAAUGGGAAAGUGGUGUGGCCAACAAAAUGCGUGGAUCCGUAUGAUAGGAAAGAGCAUCCCAUUGGGUCCAAAUGGAACACAGAUGAGUGUAUGAGAUGCGAGUGUCUUAAAGACGGAAUGUCAUGCUGUCACAGGUAUGGUGGUAUUGCCGUAGUGGAAGGAUGCAAAACAGUGGUAAAUCCCGUGACAUGUAAACCUGAAUUCUACAGAAAUGAUGACCCAUCAAAGCGCUGUGAUGUCUGAUCUCUUCACAUGGAGGAGCUGGAAUAAAUCUCUCCUGUAUAAAUGAAACUCAAUAAAUCUCUCA